CCCCAACUCGAAGACCAGUUUUUUUUUUUCUUGUUCAUCGGAUUCCUUUGCGUUUGCAGGGGAGGGAGAAGGGAGAAUCGGCCAUGGCCGUAGUAGAGGCGGCCGGAGGAAGGCGCGGGGUGGCGGCGGGGGAGCGGAGGAAGGCGAAGGCGAAGGAGGCGGCGGUGGGCGCCAUGGCGAGGGCUCUGUUCUACCCGACGCUGCUGUACAACGUGGUGCGGAGCAAGGUCCAGGCCGAGUUCCGGUGGUGGGACGAGGUCGAUCAGUUCAUUUUGCUUGGAGCUGUUCCAUUCCGUAGGGAUGUUCCUCGGUUGCAGAAGCUUGGGGUGUAUGGUGUCAUAACCCUGAAUGAACCAUUUGAGACUUUGGUGCCAUCGUCGAUGUAUCAGUCUCGUGGGAUUGAUCACCUUGUUAUUCCUACAAGAGAUUAUAUGUUUGCUCCCUCACUUGUGGAUAUUAGUCGAGCUGUUGAUUUCAUACAUAGAAAUGCAUCUUGUGGGAGGAUGACAUACAUCCAUUGCAAAGCUGGAAGGGGCAGGAGUACAACUAUUGUCUUGUGUUAUCUGGUGAAAUACAAGAAUAUGACGCCUUCUACAGCUUUUGAGCAUGUGCGGUCUAAAAGGGCUCGAGUGUUGCUGACUCGUUCUCAAUGGAGGGUGGUUCAAGAUUUCAGCAAGAAGAAUGCAGAAGCAGAACUUCCCACAGUCACAAGCCACUCAGCAGCAGCAUCUCCAGCAGGGAAUGUGGUAUCGGUAACAGAAGCAGAUUUGGAGAGCUCUGAAGUAACAGCAGCUAAUAUUCCUGAUAUUACAGAGCAUGCCAGCUUGUCUUCUCACAAGACUACCCCAACCAAGCCAAUGACAAAUAUGCUCUCAUGUUUGAUUCCAUCUCUGAAGUGACUCCUCUCUAGCUGAGCAUCAAUAAUCCAAGACUCUGAGGCAUAUGCAUGUACCUCAACACCGGUUUAGCCGAAAUGGUGUCUCGCAGGGGAAGGAAUUCAGUUGCGUUGCCAUCGUUCUAAAUGUAUAUAGCUGCCCAUAUUCAUCCUAUUUGUUAUGUAUGUAUGUGCCUAUUAUCAAUUCAAGAUUGUUUGUUCCUUGCUUCAAGAUUUGCUAGGGUAAAUUUCAAAAAUCAGGGCAUGAGUUUUUUUAAGCAGAAUGUUUCAAAAAUUUGAGCCAAAAUAGCUGCAGGCCAGUUGACAUUAUGUUGAAUUAGUACUGUACAAAUGCAUUGCAAAUACAUAGUCGAAUUUGCA